AUGCAUCUCCCCCUCGAAUUUCCGUUCCUGCACGAGCAAAAAUCAAUAAACACUUUAAAAACAAUUGACGAGAAAAACAACAACAACCACAAGGAAGGCCAAGAAACCUCAAAGGAUGUUUAUUCGUCGCCUUCUCGCAAAUCCACAGAAGAAGAGAUGAUGGGAACGAGGUACGACCCUGAACUCUGGCUUUCCAUCGGCGGCGAGGCCGUCGCCAGCGCCGCCCGCAACCGGAGACUGCGCAGGGUGGAGUCGCUGUUAAGAUACUCAACAGCUUAUCGGCAGCAGCAGCUACAACAUAAGCGUCAGAUGACGAUCUUCUACAACGGCCAGGUAUGCGUGUGUGACGCCACGGAGAUGCAAGCGAGAGCAAUCAUAGGAAUGGCAGAGAAGGAGAUGGAAGCGAUGAUUGGAAAGAAAAAACGGAUGAACAAACAUGAUCAGCAGCAACAGCAGGAAGCCAUGGCGGAGUCUGCUACUGCUCUUCCUCUGCCUCCCUCUCCGUCUCCUGAAAGCUUGCUGCAAGUUCUGAACCCAGAUCUGUCGAUGAGGCAGUCGUUGCAGCGGUUUUUGGAGAAGAGAAAGGAUAGGAUUAGUGAAGUAACUCCCUACGAACAGACACCUAAAUUGUUGUUCCCACUUAAACCUCAGCAUGCAUGA